AUGUUUUUAAAGCAAAUGAUUUAUAGUAAAAUUGGCGACUUUAAAAAAAUUAUCGUAGGAUUCGCAGUAUCUUUGUGUGAGAGUUUCACGCCAUAGUUGUUCUAAAAUCACACUUUCGUGUAUUUUAUAGGUCUUGAGAACUUCCGUGUUUCAUGGCCUUCGUGGGGAUUUCCCUUUGUCACGAAACCCACAUAGCAAGAAUUUAUCUCAUAUCGCAAAUACAUUCAAAUCGUUCUUCCAAAAAUGGAAAGCAACCGACUGAUUUUAACUCUGGAAGAUGGAAGUGUUGACGAUUUCAGUAUUCUCAGUGAGCUAGGAAGUGGUUCUUUUGGCGUCGUCCGCAAAGUUUGCGGUCAAAAUGGACGAAUUUAUGCAUUGAAAAUCGUAACAUCUGAUAGAAAACAACACCACAAAUCUGCAGUGCAAGAAAUACGAUGUCUCCUGUCUCUAAGGCACCCAAAUAUAGUCAAAAUUUACGCCACUGAUUUUCAGUUAGACUCAAGGUCAGUGCCGAAAAUAUACAUUCUGAUGGAGUAUUGUGGUAGUGGAACACUAAAUGAAAGAUUGAAUAUUUCAACAUCAGAUGAGCUUGACUUAACAUGGAUGGUGCAGGUUGCAGAUGCUAUUAACUAUUUACAUGAAAACAGUAUUGUGCAUCGUGAUCUCAAGCCAGAUAAUAUUCUCUUAUCAAAUGAGAUGGAUAUUAAGGUUGCAGAUUUUGGUCUUGCAAGAACAUUUGAUGGUUAUAUUAAUACUUCAGGAGCACCAUUUGAGAGUCACAUGGGAUCUUUGGCUGGAAGCCCCUUCUGGAUUGCACCAGAAGUCUUUUCACAAAAUUAUACAGAAAAAGCUGAUAUAUUUUCACUUGGUAUAAUUCUGUAUAGCAUUGUGCAAAGGCAAUACAUAGUGGUUGCUGGCAAGAGGUAUUAUGGGGCAUUUACCAAUACUGGUUUAGCUAAACUUAGUGUUGGACAAAUGAUGGCAUCUGGACAAGUUAAAAGUGCAGCAAAACUUGUUAAAGGUUGGGAGAAAGGCUGCCAAAGAGCCAUUAAAGAAUUGAUUCUAGAUAUGCUGGACUAUGAGCCAAAAAACAGGCCAAAUGCAACUGCAGUUUAUAAGACUAUCAGAUCAGUACAAAAGGAAUAUUUCAAAAAAAGACUUCUUCAGAGUGACAAUGAAAACAUUCCUGGCUCUGAUUGUUUCUGAAUUUAUUAGAAUUGCAGUUUAAGGAAAGUUCUUUGGUAGUGGCACUUGAAGCAAAGUAGCAAAGAUCAUAAAAAUGUAGGUAGAGUGGAAUUAAGAAAAAUGCAAACAAAACCAAAAAGGUCAAUGUAUUUAAAAAUGAUAAAAAACAAAAAAGGGAAACCUUUGGCAUUUGCUUUGGCUUCUUCAAUGGAAGGAUGAAAAAUAAUAGAUACAUAAAUACUUAAUAUAUCUAUAUAUAAAUAUAGAUAUUAUUCCAAAUUUGUAUCCACUUGAAGCCGGGCAUUUAGGUAUACUAGGCCUUUCUUAGACACCAAUUCCUAGUUCUUUUAGAGUGCAACAUGUUUGAAGUAAUAUCUAGGACAAGCUUGUCAAUUGUACAGGCAUCUGAAUCCCUAUCAUUUUAUGAAAACAAAAUGAAUACAUUAUGAUGAAUUUUGGAUACAGAUAAUGAAUUUUGAUACAUAGACAGAAAUUUUCCAAUGUAAGCCUCCAGCAGAAUGAGUAUCCAAAGUUGAAUGUGUUUGAAUCAUGAAGUUCUAAAAAAUUUAUCUAAUGCCAAUUUCAUUUGACAGUAUGAUAAUAGUUUUAUGGAGUGCUGUGCAUUUGACAUAUUACUUUAGUGGAUUAUACAAUUAUAGAAUGUACUAGUAGACUAUAUUAUUCUUAAGUCUUUUCACAACACACUGAUGCUUGAAUCAAAUCAGAUUCUGACGUAUAUGUGUAGCCACAAAACUCAGAGAAUGAACACCUUUUGGCAUUGUCUGGUUUCUGUAUCAAGUAUUUACAUAGCAGAGUUGACAGGAUUGGGCUUGUGUAAUUUUCUGCACGGGCCACUGGUACUAGGGAGGACCAUAGGGAAGAUCAGAAAUAAGUAAAAAUAUUUACAAUGCUGGUUACAUCAGUCAAUGGAAGAGAGCAGAGCAAGAAAUUAUUAUUCUUUUUCUAAUAUUUUUUAAGUUAAAUUAAUAUCAUCUAAAAAGGUCCUAAAUCAUAUUCACUACCAGGACAAAAGUAUUGAGAAUCGAAAGACAGUAACACGAAGUUUUGUCACAACUACACACUCCUUAUCCUGUUAAUAUUUUGAUUUUACCACGGCUGAUAUUUUUCCUCAUGACUGUAAAAUUUCUUACGUUAAUAUUGUAAUUUUAAGUAUUUCGAAAUCCUUAAUAAAUUUCAAAGAAUUUGAUUCCUGGUUUAGCAUGAUUUUGUUAAUUUUAGGGAAAUGUUUCAGCGUAAAGUUAUAAGUUUGAAACAUUUUUUUGGAUUGCAUUUUGAUUAGGGUGUUGCAAUACUUUUGUCCUGGUAGUGUAUGUGCAAAGUGCAAAAGUGUAAUUGCUUCUGUUAAUUAACUUGGGUUAAAAAAUGUGCAAAAUAGUGCAAUGUAUAGUGCAAUAGUGCAAAGAGCAUCUUGAGUAAAUCUUCUUCGACACAAGUUGUUUGUGCAGAAAUUCGAAAGACAUUAAGAGGGCCAGGUCGAAAACGCGGAAAACGCGGAACACGCGGAACACAUGGAAAAGUGAAAUUUUGCUUGAAGCUUCUGGAAUGGAAAGACAUAAAAGCAACAAAGCUCUUUCAAGAAUUGAGAUAUAAGACCUUAUUUUUAAAGGGCGGAAAACGCGGAAAACGCGGAAACCUUUAAUAACCAAUUAUAUUCGCUAAUUUGAUGGCAAGAGAGGUAUAUAAUGAGUUAUUAAGCCUUUGACGAUUAACAGAGAUUUUGUGGCUGCAAGAGCAACAACGCAGUUUGUCAAAAGCAUCUCUUACGUUGGCACAAAUCUUCCACUUUUUUCACCGGUUAGACCAGUAAGGUAAUGAUGAAAUGUCCGCGAUUUGUUUUCUUAUCAAGCACAAACAAAAUUGUGUAGGAAAACCCCUCGGGAAAUCGGCUGGGACCGAUUUCCGCGUUUUCCGCGUUUUCCGCGUUCUCGAUUUUCACCCUCGUUAGAAAUCGAAAAUGCGGAAAACGCAGAAUUAUCAUUCCUUUUAAAAUAAGGUCUUAUAUCUCAAUUCUUGAAAGAGCUUUGUUGCUUUGUUUAUGUCUUUCCAUUCCAGAAGCUUCAAGCAAAAUUUCACUUUUCCGCGUGUUCCGCCUGUUCCGCGUUUUCCGCGCCUUCCGCGUUUUCGACCUGGCCCAUUAAGAGAUAAUAAAUCUCAGUCUUCUGCCGCCAUGUGAAGAAAACACAAGGCUUCAUAGCCUAUGUGGAAACUAAAUCUCUAUGAUUUUCAAAGUGGUUUGAUGCUUCAGUUGAGCUUCCUAGUAGAUAAAUCAUGGUUGAAAUGAAUGAGGAUUCUAUCGUCAUAAUGGUACUUGUUACCAAGAACAUACCUUGGAACUUUCGUUAAGCCAAUCUGAAGUAAAAAAGAGCUUUACGCUUAGAGUGUCGUGUGCAGUGACUCAGAAGACGACCUCGAGGAACUUUGAAACGAUUAAACUAUGGUUUAGAUGAUCCGGUUGUUUUUUCGGUUCUUAUUUAUCAGUUAGUAAUUAAUAGCGCCACGUAGUUCCUUCGGACGACAAUUCAACAAUUUGUCCGAACAAAGAAUAUAUCAAGCUUUUUGGAUGUCUAUUUAAGGAUAAAAAAUUUUAAGAUUACGCGAUUUUCUUGUGAAAAUGGGGCUUUUGGACCCCUUAUCAAACUAUAAUUCAAUUUUAAGCAUUAAUGCGCAAGAAAUGUGCUUAAUUAACAUGAAGACUUCCACUUAUUUCCAUUUAAACUGUUUUUGUCAGUGACUACUUCCAUAUACGCAAAAACGAGACUUCAAACACGAAAAAGAGGAUGGUAGCCCCCAAAUCCCCGUAUAACAUCGAUUUUCGAAAUCAGCACCCUCGAAUUGACCAAAAGCACCUGGUCCCUUAAAUUUCGCUUUCGGGCGACCAUUCCCCUAUUCUCCGCCUGGUCUAUUUUAGCAGUGCUCGAGUUAGCCUGUGUCCCAGACCUCUAACUUGAAAGUAGUUAGGGGUCUGGAGCACAGGCUAUGCUCGAGUAAGCAUUACAUUGUGUCUUGUAUACGGUCAAAGCAACAAGCACGCAAGUGUGCAUUGGCCUUGGGUAUAUAAAUUUUAUGUUGGCAUAGUUUCAUCUUCACACCGUUACAAGACAACUUGAAGUUGGACUAUGGAGAGCAAAGGUUUUUCCUUUGCGACCCUGCCCAUCCAACCAAUCUCUAGGUAUUCUAAGGUUUUUACAUGCAUGUUAACUUUCUAUUUCUUUUCAUCGUGCAUUAAUUAAUGGCCGUAUAGCUUGGAACUUUUGCAUGAACAAGGUGUUGCUAGUCGGCGGAAGAAGGUCAUUGUUUCUUCUUCUCAACCCCCUAAAAAUGGUUGGGUUCCAUUUACGGGCGUCUUUGCGAUUAGCGCACCGACAGCCCAAAAAAUGGUCCAAAUGAUGAGAGAACGCCACCGUCAAUCUUAUGAUUGACAAUGGUAAAAAAUUCUUAGGACCAUCUUACCUUUCUUUGCUAACGGUUUUUGUUUAGUAACCUGAUAACCUGUGUGAAGCCUGCAUGGAAAGUUCAAAACGUUCAGUUCUCUGCCUGAGUUUAUGCGCCGAAUGUCCUUCAUCAAAUCGUGAAAGUCAAGUCAUUAUUCAUAAAAGGGGCGGUACCGAAGGGAAGCGGAUUAUGGUUACAAAAUUUUGCUGCCAGAAUUUUUUCAGUUGAAGCAACGAUGCAACCCUUUUCUUAAUUUGAUUAAAUAAGAAUGCUGAAGGAUAUAUAUCAAAACGUUGCUGGUAUAGGCUAUCUUGAACAAAGAUUUUAAAUGGCAGACACAUAACAUAGUUCAGAAUUUCAAGUAGUUAGAUAUAAAGUUGAUGAAAAGUGAUUGCAUACCAUUCCAUUUCAAAUUGCAUUUCAAUCUGCAUUUAAAAUAGUAAGACAAAACGGUGUGCCUCAUUGAUACCAUAAAUCAAAGGAGAUAUUUCCAAAAGCAUACACUUACAAUAACAAGCAGACAUCAUUUCAUCUAGAUCCGAAUGUCAUGAAACAUCUCGACCCAUCUCUUCCUCGACUUGACUCGGGUCAUAUGGUAGUUGUUCUUUCCAAACGAAGAUAACAUCCUCGUGGAAUCAAUCAUGCAAAACGUCUCCAAAACGAAAAGAUGCUUGAAAUGAGAUGGGAAAUUGAAAAGACAAUGAAGUUACAGAUCUUUUUUAAUGAAAUGCAUUGUUCCUAAGGUGAGAAAAUGAUGCAAAACUUUUGAAUAAAUGAAGCAGUAUGGGAGGUACAGUGGAGCUGGGCUAAGAUUUUCUAUCAUAACGCUGGUUGUAGAAAUCAAAGAAGUAAUGAGAUACUGCAAUAAGGGCAAGUAUAUCAUUGACUCAUGAAAUUCUUCUUUUAGAUUUACAAGACUUACUUAAAGGCACUUUUUCUCAAUGCAUUGCCCUGGCCAUUUAAAUUUCCCCACACAAUAGACCUAUAGCUGCGUUGUUCCCUUGAACAUAAACUUGCUGCGGAGCCUAUUGUUAACUCUGGACGGUUUACUGACGGGACAUCGUGCCUUAAAGGGCCCCUUAAAGUUGAAGGGAGGAGGAAUCCCUAUCAAUUUACAAAAUAUUGAACAAUUUGCAAUUGAAGACUAAACAAAUGAAUAACUCUAAAAUUUCGGAUUUUUCCAUCAAAGUGGUUGGCUCGCUGGUUUACAAUUAUCACCCAAGCUACAGCUAAGAAAUAUCUAGCAAUGAGUUUUGUUCUUACCCUUGCAAACAUAUCAUCUAAGAUAUUGGAGCAUCCACAACCACAGGCAAAUUUUCUAUUCGCCAAGCUUUCACAUGCUUCUCCUCUUGCCUCAUUUCUUACGCUGAUUCAUUCUCCUCUUGCAUACGCUUAACGAAAUGUUGGAUUCUUUAGACAGGGGAGACAUCCCGUAAACUGAACGCAAAGAUCACGAAAAAACAUAAAAUCGAACAUUCGCACACGACUGUCUCAAGGAAUUUCAAUGCAGGUGCACAUAUUCCGCCAAAAGUUUGUUGGUUUUAGACUAUUCUAUGCUGCUAAGGAUUGAGAAAAAAGAAAGAUGUUCGAAAA